CUCGACUUCAACAUGGCCAAGCGCACUAAGAAGGUCGGUAUUACCGGAAAGUACGGUACCCGUUAUGGUGCCUCUCUCAGAAAGCAGGUGAAGAAGAUGGAAAUCACCCAGCACGCCAAGUACACCUGUACCUUCUGCGGUAAGGAUGCUGUCAAGCGUACUGCUGUCGGUAUCUGGAAGUGCAAGGGCUGCAAGAAGACCAUGGCUGGUGGUGCUUACACCGUCUCAACCACUGCUGCUGCCACUGUGCGUUCGACCGUCCGUCGUCUCCGUGAAUUGGCUGAGAUCUAAAAAAUGAAAACACUACGCCUCACCUCAAUAAAAUCAACCUUUAUUAUGGAAUGCAAAAAAUAUAACAUACAGACCAAUACACAUAUUAUGCAUAUAUAUAUAUAGAUGUAUACCG